AUGAAGUGGUCCAUAAUUUUUUUUAUGGUGAUCACAUCAUCAUCAGUCAACUCGGUAGCAUCAGCAGUUGAUAAGAAGUAUGGAAUGAUAGGAAAGCCAGACAACCUCAUGUGUUUUGUUUCCAAACCUACCACAGUACUAACCAACAUACGAUCAGUGCUGCAGUGUUCUAUUGAAUGUGUUAACAACAUCAGUUGCAACGCAUUCAACUACUGGUCCAACGAUGCUAGCGAUUCGGCAAAACAUUGCCAACUGUUUCAUUUCACAUCCGAGGACCAGUUCAAGAUUGUUCUGAAUAGAACUCAUUGCAAAGCAUAUCGGGAUGAUUCGACCGUGCCAAUACCAACUCUUAAUUACCCGCUGACCCUGAGCAAAUCCUGCAACUUCCCAUUCACCUACAACGGUGGAUUGUUCUACUCUUGUUCCAACUCACUGCCUGGCAUCAACAAUACAUGUGGUUUGUACAUGUGUCUCACUGCUAACAGGACGUUGUCCAUCUGUCUCGAUCCUCAAGCCUACAGCGCUGCCAAUGAAACGAUCUUGUUGGACUUUCCAACGUUUGCCAACUCAACUCCUGUCACGUCUGUCAAUGGAUGGAUUGUCAUUCAGCAGAGAAUUGAUGGCUCGCAGAGUUUCAACCAAAAUUGGAACACGUACAAAUCGGGAUUUGGCAUUUACUACAUAAACUUCUGGUUGGGUUUGGAGAAGAUGCACCAAUUAACGGCAUUAGCUGAUUACAGGUUAAGAUUUGAAGUUCUCAUCUGUGGUUCUUGGUACUCCGAUGAAUAUGAUCAUUUCGAGGUAGGCCCAGAAUUUCAGAAAUACUUUCUCAACGUUUCUAGAUACAGAGGAGAUAAAUGCGAUGUUCUGAACCAUCCGGAUCCAAGGUUUGUUCAAAAUGGAAUGAAAUUUUCUACCCCAGAUCAAGACAACGAUCCUUACGCAUUAUACCACUGCGCUUUUCAGUUUUCAUCUGGAAGUUGGUACAACAAAUGUUACUACCAGCGUCUGAAUGGAGUUUAUGGUUCGUCGUUUGAUUACGCUUAUACUCCCGCUACUCACUGCAGGAUGAUGGUGAAGCGGAACUUGUAG